AUGUCGGAAGGUUUGGCCUUAUUGAAUGUCGACAAAAGUGACAUGGACAUCAUGGAUCUGAAGAAAAUAUUUUUCGAUGUCAAAAUACCAAACGUUAUCACUUCCUACAUCAUCAAGACAACACUUUUCUGGACUAUUGAGGAAACACCUCCAGAUCUUUGGCAGCCACACAAACUUCUUACGGCAGUUAAAGCGUGUUUGGACAGAUUGACCACGUUCAUACAGAAUGACUUCUGUCCACAUUACUUCAUCAAGACCUGUAACUUACUCAUCCGAAGAUAUUCAUCCGAUGAUAAGAAGAGGGUGUUGGAAACUUGUUUAGAGGCCAAGGGAAAUCCAAUGGAAUUUUUGCUGAAAACACCGUUACUUCAACGGGAAUUGCGACAAGAGAAAGCGUCCUACGAAAACACCGAUGGGUUGAUGAAAAGGAAAAAUAGAGUAGAAGGAACUGUCAUGUACGCUUGUGUACACUAUGUGUUCAGAAUGACAGUAUCAGGCUUUACUUCUAAACAAGAAUUAACUAAGUACUGCAGAACCGUUCAAAAACGGAUCGAUACUGUCAUCAACAAAUUUGAAUACUUCGAAAACAAGGAAAUAAUGCAAAAGUGCGUCCGUGACGUCACAGAGCGAUUGCUAGAGAUUUGCAGGAAGAAAGACUCCGAUGACAAUGAUAUAGAUAUAGAGGAUUUAAAUAGUAUCGCCAACACCUGUCACUUACAAAUGGUGGCUAGGAGCUACAUCAGAUGCAAUGAUUUGCUGAUAAAGUUCCUGCAGGUUCAGAAAUGUAGAGCAUAUAAAAAAAUGAUUAAUCUAGAUAUUUUUGAAUUAGCUGAUGUAUUUGUGUCAAGGCUAAUGUUUAAUGUAUUCAACGCCUUUACUGAUGAUAAAACACCUCUCAUCUCUGAUAUGAUUUUUGUGCAAAUAGAACGAGAUAGUCUUCCAACACCACUCCAGACCGAACUCAAUUCGCCUCUUUUAAGUAUAACAGAGCCUCUCAUACAAAGCCAACACAAAGGAACUGUCCUAGUCGACCCACUCGUAUACGUGUGUUUCUUACGAUUCUGGUGCAGUAUGAAGCUUGAUCAAAACAUCGAGAAGUUGAAGGCCCGUGCCGAUAUGGUUUGGUGCUGCAGUCUGGCUAACAUAUCAGAAAAAGCUGUGGCCUUAAACCUGCUGGCGUACUGUCACAUCCAGCUAGAGGAGUACGAAAAGGCUUUUGCAGUACUUUGUCGGGCUUUUAGAGAAAAGCCAGUGAAAUAUUCAACACUGGUUCAUAUCGCAACUUUGGUCAGUAACAGAGUAAAUCGGCCACGUGAUUGA